UCUUCUAUUCUAUCUUGGUCUUUCGCUUUCGCUGCUACUACUGUCUACUGCUAUGUCCUGUGCUGUGUAUGGAUAAUCACUCUCUUUUUCUAUGAUUUCAUUUCACGUUUCCGAUACUCAUCACUUUUCCUUAUUCCAAUCUCAAUUAUAGCUUUCUCCUCGUUGUUGUGAUGAUUAUAAAGGGUUUGUUUAGAAGAUAUCAAAAAUGGAACCCUGUGCAUCCAACUUAUGGAGCAUUUUAUGGAAUGGGUUUCGGCAUAGGUUGUGGUGUUGGAUGGGGUCCUGGAUUUGGUCCUGAAGUUGUUGGUUAUGUCGGAGCUGGUUGUGGCAUUGGAUUCAAUGUUGGUAUCACUCUUGUUGGAUUUGGAAUUGGUCUUCCGGCUAACGUCAUUUUUGCAGCUCCUUAUAAUGCUCUUUUGGCAACAAAAAGCACUGCAUUGAAGUUAGCACGUUCCGGCGGUCAUCAUUCUGGUGCACAAACAGAAGGGGAUGUUUGGAUUAGAAAUGUACCUUCUGUGUCUGAUUUUCAAAGAGAAGCUGGUGAAAAGUUCUCUUGCUUUCGGCAAAAAUAUUUAUCAAUCAAUGGAACUGAUUUCUUUGACAUGAAGAACAGUUUGCCUUUAAUUACUACGUCUGCUUGUAAAAGUAUACAAGCAUUUCAGGACCAGUUGUUUUUCCCUCGUAAAGGAAAAGAUUGACUCUUUCUACCCACAACUGUUGGCUUUGUGGUUAUUUUUUUAUGGACCUCAUAGUUUCUCAUUUUGUUAGCUUGGAACAGGAGGUCUUGUUUUUACAGUUAAUGAGAAAUCGUAUUGCUCUGUUCUCGCUAUUUCUCUGCAUUGAUGUGGCUCUUAUUAGCAACACUGAAAAGAAUUUUCCCGCUGUUGUUACUGGUAUUAGGUAUCACGAUCCAGAGAACACAACGAUGACAUGAAGGGCUAAAACGGCAGACUGCAAUAUAGGGAAGAAGAUAAAGUCAGAUAUUGACGCAUCACUUCUUUUAUUGAAAGCAUAUUACUGAUAUCACAAUAUGUUAGGAAAUUUAGGAUAAUUGAAGUGGUUGGAUCAUUUUGUAUAAUUCAAAAUUAUGGAAGUUGUGUUGUGUAAAAACCCAGAUUAUCCGUCUAUUAUUUGUGAUGGAGGUUAUUAUGGCAAUCUUGUUGGGAACAA